GUGCGGGCGGCGGGGCCGGGCCGGCCCGGGCCUGGCCCCGCGGGGAGGCUGGUGCGGAGCGGCGGGCAUGGCCGGCAGAGCCACGCAGCCCCUGGCCGUGUCGCAGCCCCCCGGCGGCGGCGGCCACCACCACCACCACCACCCCUACCCGCACCCGGUGGCGGCGGAGGGCGAGGGCCCGGAGGAGGAGGCCGAGGCCUUCGAGCUGCGGCCGCGGGGCCGGGAGAAGGUGCGGCGGAGCGCCUCGAGGGACCGGCCGGAUGACAUCGUCCUGCUGACGAGGGACAUCCAGGAAGGGGACACGCUGAACGCCAUCGCGCUGCAGUUCUGCUGCUCGGUUGCAGAUAUCAAGAGAGUUAAUAAUCUUAUCAACGAUCAAGAUUUUUUUGCCUUGAGGUCUAUCAAAAUCCCUGUGAAAAAGUUCAGUGUACUGACCGAGACACAUGCCUCUCCAAAAGGAAGGCCAGUCCUUCGGCCAGCUCACUGUUCCCCAGAAGUGCUGGAAACAUCACCUUCUGACAAAUUCUCUGCUAAUGAGACUGCUGGCAACUUCUUAAAAGAAGUGGAUCGAGAUAUAGAAGAGAUUGUGAAGUGCAAUGAUACGAAGAGAGAGAACCUUAAUGAAGUUGUUUCUGCCUUAGCAGCCCAACAGGUCUGUUUUGAAACUGAUGGUAAAACUAAAAAAUCCAAGGAUCCUUACUAUGGAGCGGAUUGGGGCAUCGGGUGGUGGACAGCUGUAGUGAUUAUGUUGAUCAUUGGCAUAAUAACUCCAGUUUUUUAUCUCCUAUAUUAUGAAGUUUUAGUGAAAGCAGAUGUCAGUCACCAUUCUACAAUGGAAUCUGCCCAUUCCUUUGUCACAGCAGCUUCACAUCAGAAACAAAUAGAAAAUGGAAUGAAUCCAGCGAAUAUUAUAAAUGUUGAUAAUCAAGGAGACCUUCAGCCUUACAACCGAAAACCCCAGGCAACUGUCAUUCAUAGACACAUAACAUAGCGUUAGACGAAGACGAAACCACAGAAUGCAAAAUGCAUCUGUAACACAGAUGAAAUAUUUACAGAGAAAUACUUAAUGAUUUACCUUUAUGGGCAGUGUUCCAGCACACGGAUAUUUCCGUGGAUCAUGUAAGCCCGUUAAUGUGCUUCAGGCAGAAGAUUUUGAUGCACGAUUGGAAUAUAAAUUAAGAUACGAAAUUGUCUCUGAAGCUUUGCACUUUUUUUGAUAGGUGUGUUGUCUAAUAAAUGACGAGGUGAAAAAGGUAGUUAGAGCUAACACAUAAGGAAUCUCACUGUACAUUUUGCAGCCCUAAGAUGGGCAUUUGGGGAUAUCUAUCUUUUAAAUAUCUUAAAGUAUUUAUAGAGUGCAUAGUACAUUUGACAUUUUAAUAUCAAGUUUACAGUUACCAGAUAAGACUACAUUCUUAUAAUUUUAUUUUUCUUACAGAAUUUUUAAAACUCAGUCAUUCCAUAAUUAACUGCCACUAUAAAGUCCUCUUCUUCUUAGAUGUCUAUGAAAGAGGCAGUAGCUAAUACUUAAGCUGGAGUCUUCAAAUUUUGUGCCUGUGGUCUACCCAUUCUUUAGUAGUUUUCAGUAUAGGUAGGAGGAUAACUUGGUUCCUAUGUACGUCAUACUGUCCUUCAACACAGUCCAGUUGAGAAAGUCUUUUGUUUGAAAUUUCACAUCCUUCUCCAUGGUAUCCUUCUACUGCAAGCUGACUUGGCUGGACUGCAAUUCUCUUCUGGUCAGCUGUAUGUGAGAAGAAACAAGUGAAGAUGUGUGACACCUUGCUGUGACUGCUUCAUUAGUCUUUAUUUUAUGGUUAUGUCUUUUUCUUCCUCCAGUACGUCGCAGUUCAAGAGCAGCUAAUUCUUCAGACAGCAGCUAUUGAACUGUUUGGGGUUCCUUAAACGCCAACUUUUUCCUGAAAUUUCAUGCAAAACUUCAGAUGAGGUUCAGAGGUUGCUAUGCUAGGAAGAAGCCUAGCGCUGCAGCAGAAUAGACCAGCCAUAGCUUCAAACUGUUCUUUCGCUGAUAUUCUUCAACCACUCUGUUCUUUACUGUUUCACUUGAUGUCAUGGACAAACAUGUUUUUCCCUUCUUUUCUUCCCUACGUGAAAAUGCUACAGGAGAAAAACUUUUCUUUUUAAAAAAAAAGACUUCUACAGAAAGAAGUAAAGAGGUACUGGUGUGCUCUGAAUAUUAUAAAAUAAAAAAUGAAAUGUUACUUAUAAUUUUUUGUUCUAUUUGCCUUGUGGAAUAAGGUUUCUAUUGUGCUGUUUAAGUAAUACUUGUUACUAAAGCUGAAGCUAACUGACUUUCAUAAGACUUAGAAAUGGAAAAUAUCACUAUCUUUUUGAUUUAAACACUAUUAAAAGCUCUCUUUUGAGUGUCUUGAUCAAGUAUAUGCAGUGUGUGGGGGGAAAAAAAACUGAUAAAGCAACUUUUUUUUUUACCUAUAGGAAGUAUUCAAAAGUGCUUUAUCAACUUGAAUUUUGAAAGUAAAGGCUUCUGCCACUAUGGGGCAAAUAUUCACUGGCAUGCUAAGGGCAUGAACGUGAAUUGGUUUACUUUCAGUGUAGAUUGAAAUAGCCUAAAGCUUGAAGGGAAUGCAUGGUUGGACCUGUGAACUGUGGCUAGUGGUUGUGGAACACUUCAACCACAGUAGUAUCUCUGGAGACAGUGUGGCUACUCAUUGUUUCCACAUGAGAAGAGGCAUUCUAAGUGAGUGUGAAGUUUGUGUCUCGUGUGCCGCUUGUUUUCAAAGAUCUUUUUAAAUUUUCUUUCCAUGAAAACAAUACGGUAAUAACACAAGCAUGAAUGUUCAAGUGCCAGUUCAGGGUAAGGCUGUGCGGAAAGUUGAGUUGCAAAAUAAUUUAUGGUGGCAAGUGUGAUGUACCUUCUAUGGCUGGAAGUUUAAAAGCAAGCCAACUUUAGGAAGAGGUGGUUUGCUCUUGUCUGUACAACAGAACUUUAGCACAUCAAGACAAAUUAGCCAGUGUUCUGCCAAGCCUGGGACCUGGUACAUAAUGGGUCAAUUUUUCUGUUAGCUUAUUUGUUGGUUUGUCUCUUCCUCUAUCAUUCCCUCUCCGUUUAUGGAACUUUAUCCUUUCAUUUCUUAGGAAAUUGUUGAAGAACAAGAGAUUAACUAGUGUGAUACACAACAUAAGCCUAAGUUACUAUCCAUACGUUAACAGGCUGGUAUUAAAUUGCCAUCACGUCUGAAGUGAACUUAAUUUCAAUUGUGGUUUAAUGUGGUCAGAAAGGUCUCUGCUGUUUAUAUUUAAGAGAAGAGAUCCUUUUGUUGGUGGUGUUAGAGCCAAAUGGUUCUUUAAUGUCUCAGGCUUCUUUGGGCUUUUUACGGUGUUUUAAGGCCUGUGGCUUUGUCACGCAGUUGCUAAAGGUGUGAUAGUAAACAUUGAUUAGGAAAAAAAAAAAAGGAAAGUUUUGCUGAAAAAUACUAUACUCUGACCAAGAGCCUGGCAUGUUUUUACUGUUACGUAGCAUAUUUCACAUAGCAUAUUUUUAAAGUAGAACAUUAACAUUAUGAGAAAACACAGUAAGUCUCUUUCCAAGAUCAUGGGACUUCAGGCAGUAGGAAUCUACAAGCAUCAGCUGGCUUUUCUAUUUGCAGGAUAUGGGGAUUUAUACUGUUUUUUCCAAAGUACGUGUUACUGGCAAUGUGUCUUCGUCUAUUAGUUCUGAAUAAACUAGGUAACUGCUCUGUAUGGAACUAAAAACUGAUAUAGUAAAUUAAUUGUAAAACCAGACUUUUAGAAAUUGACUUGAAAAUGAAAGUAACUGAAUGGUAAAUCAUAUUACAACACAUUGUUGGUCUGGAAGUUGGUUUUAAAUAUAAGUGCAUAUUGCACUGUUGGAUCAUGUGAAAUUUUAAAUGCUUUAAAUCCGCUAUAUUUUGGAAUAUGUUGUCAGAAAUAAUCUUUGUAUAACUGUUUUAUAAAGGUUCAAACCAUAACUUUGUGAAAUAAUCCUGAGUGAGGAUGCAAGUUUUAUUUAAAAUACUUUUGCUCCUCUACUUCUAGAAGAACAUAAGUAAUAUGCAUAAAAUAAAGAUUUUAUUUUAGACUGCA